AUGCCAUUCUUGUACGCUACCGGAAAAGCUUCGAUUCUCGUUGUUCCUUUACAAAAGAUUCUCGAGCCAGAACUCAAAGAUGUGACCGAGGCUAGGAUCGACUACAUUGAAAACAAAGUUGUUACCUACGAUCAUUUCUGGACUAUUUUUCAACUAGGUUGGAUACUAUACACGCAAAUAUGGGGUCGUGCUUCCACUAUAAAGUUUGUUUAUGGCUGUCCUAUCGACGAUGAGAAGAAGGGCCACUUCUAUCGAGUUGACUGUCAAGUUGUGAAUUGGGAUGGUGAGAAAUUUGGCUUUGAAUUGGUUCACCACGAGAUUCCAGAGUUUCUAGGCACGACUGAGAUCGAUACAAUUCCGAUUUUUCCACUCGAGUUUCAUCCAGAUCAAAAGAAGAUCAAAGCUGAGCUUUACAAACGCUCCUUUGCCGUUGGUGAAGAUCCAGAAUGUGGCUGCCCUAUCAAAGUAACCGUUGAUAGUCGCAUCAUUAUUGAUACUCGUGCAUAUGGCAAAUUCAAUCCCAACAAAGUUUCGUCCCUCAAGGCUGUUGACCAUAAGAGGGCUUCUGAAAUUGUCGAUCCAGAGUCAGACUAUGAAAACGAUGAGUACGGGCUGUACGAGGACGAAGUCGAUGGCUCUCCUAGAAACUCAACUUUGAAGACUGAUAAAGAUUUUUCCUGUUCCACCAUCAAACCUCUCCGCUCAGAACAUCUCAUCAUUUUUUCACCUCUUCUCAAAGGAUAUGCGCUAAAAGAGAAACUUUAG